AUGAUUAAUGUACCUGCAACAUCACCAAUGCGAUUACAACAAAUACAAUCUGAAACAAAUUUAACUCAAUCAUCAAUAGAUGAUUAUGCAGAUAAACCAUUUUCAACACAUAGAAAAAAAGCAAUUUACAAACAAAUUGGUCGUGCAGUUGCUUCAGCAAAUUUACCUUUUUCAUUCGUUGAUGAUCCUGAAGUUAAAAAACUAUUUGCUUUAUUUAAUUCAUAUUUUAGGUUACCAUCUCGAAAAUUGCUUAGCACAAAUAUAAUUGAAGAUUUGAAUAAUGAU